UUGUGUAUGAUUCUAUAUGUUUUUUGUAUGGUUACACACUGGGUGUAUCUCCCCGCGAUUAGACAAUUGUUAGGUUAGUCCUUGCUUGUAGAAUUCACAAUGGCUAAAGUGGGUCACACUCGAAGUGUUUACCGUUAUGUUGGUAAGGAUGCAGUAUUUUUGCGUUUCAGCAUAACGGUAUUUGUGUUGGCUAUAUCGUCAUGUGUGUUCCAUUCUAGGAAGAUUUUUGAGAUUUUAUCGAUUUUUACUGAGCCUAUGUCAGAUUCUAGUGUUAAAGGUCAGGAUGUUGGUCUUCGUAUAGAUUUUGGGCACAUUGGCAAUCGUCUUAAAAGUCAGACCAAGGGUGAAACAUUCCUCAUGGUUCUUUUAGCAUUAGUUCUUAUGUUAUUGAUUGCUAUGUUACUAUGUCUAUGGAGCAUAAAGACCCGUUUAUUCUUUUUCUACGAUCGUUGUAUGUUUAUAGAGGGUUCUGAUGAGUUUAGUAUCUAUGUUAGACGUGUUGCAACUCAUGUUUAUGUUACUGAGCCUUCAUCUGUGGAUUCCCUAGAUGAGCACAAGACACAUGAUGCUGUUUUAAUACCUCUUAAGAAAUCUCGUCUAUAUACAUACUAUCGUUAUGGUCAUCGUAAGUACAUUUUGGAUGAUGCCAGUGGUUCCUUUCGUGCUGUGGAGCAUAUUGAUUCAGUUAAUCGAAACGUCUUAGCCUCAUGGAGAGGUUUAAGUGCUAAGGACUCUGGGAGCAACACUUCACUGGGCAUGGAACGUUCGCUUACUGUUUGUGGUGAGACUUACGGUGACAAUGAUUACGAGAUUCCUGCUUGUAAUUUUUGGUCCAUGUUAUUUGAUGCUUUUCUUAGUCCAUUUUUUAUUUUCCAAUUAGGUUCCUCGUUGAUGUGGAUACUAGAUGACUAUUGGUACUAUUCUAUGUUAUCUGUGUUUGCUAUUGUAGUCAUUGAGGUACAGAUGGUAAACAAGCGUAUUCGUGAUUAUGACCGUAUUAAUUCUAUGCGUAUUCCUCCUAACAACGUAACAGUUUACCGUGAUGGCAAGUGGCACAGCAUCAGUAGCACUGGCUUAUAUCCCGGCGAUUUGUUUCUAUUAUCCCAUGAUCCUGCUAGUUCUGCUACUAUUGCUCCUGCGGACUGUUUAAUUCUAUCUGGUGAGGUUGUUGUGGAUGAAUCCAUUCUAACUGGUGAAUCAGUUCCACAAUUCAAGUCAGCGUUUGAUUUGAAUGAAGUGUCAACUCGGCAGUCCGUUGCUACAGAUGGCGAGCUUAGGCAAUGCACAGUCUUUUCGGGUACAUCCAUUGUAUUAUGUCGUACAGAGGGUAAAUCCUUUUCUGGAUUGGUAACUCCUAAAUCCGGUUGCGUUUGUGUGGUUUUAAGGACCGGUUUUGAAUCAUAUCAGGGUAGAUUGGUGAAUGCCAUCAUGCAUUCUGGUGACCGUGUAUCUGCUUCUACUACUGAGGGUUGGUGCUUUUUGGGAAUAUUGCUUACAUUUGCUGUGACAUCCUGCAUUUUUGUUAUUAAGCGCUUGCCAACUGCAACUUUGAAGAAAUUGAUUCUUACGGUUCUUCAUAUUAUCACCUCUGUUAUUCCACCUGAGUUUCCAGUUAUCCUCUCAAUGGCCGUAACAUUAGCCAUUUUACAACUACACAAGCGUGGUAUAUAUUGCACUGAGCCAUUUCGUGUUCCUUAUGCUGGUCAGUUGGACGUUUGUGCUUUUGAUAAGACAGGUACUUUGACUGAUGACCACAUGAAGGUGGCCGGUGUGGUAUUGGAUGAUAGCACAAUGCCUGACAAGGGUAAUACGGAUGAAAUACCUAUACCCAUAUCCACCGCUUUGGUCAUUGGUGGCUGCCACUCGAUAACGCGUGUUGGUGGCAAGACUGUUGGUGACCCUAUGGAGAAGGCUGGUUUUGAGCACCUUGGUUGGACUUUAUGCAAUGACAACAAGACCGUUGAAUCACACCAGCCCUGGUUUUUCAAUACUAAUACUAGUAUAGCUCAAUCCAAGAUCACUAUCUUACGUCGUUGGCAAUUUACAUCUGAGCUUGGUCGCAUGUCCACUAUUAUCAGUGUAAAGGGCAAUGCCAGUUACUGGAGCAAGGAUAUCUUGAAUGCCGUUUCAAAUGCCGCUAAGAAUGCUGGAAAUCCCGGGGCAACUGCGUCACCAUAUGGCAAUUCUACUAUAUCAUUUGAUAACACCUAUGAUGGUUGUAUCAUGUUAUUGUGCAAGGGUGCUCCAGAGCGUCUUCGUCCAUUGCUUCGUGAUGUCCCUAAUUACUAUGACUCUGUAUACCAACGUUUAGCCAUUGGUGGUAUGCGUGUAAUUGCACUUGCCUGCAAGCGUUUGGUCAUAAAUCCAGAGGACGCAGCAUCGGUGUUACGUUCUGAAGUUGAGUGUGAUUUGGAUUUUGUUGGUUUUCUUGCUCUCGAGGCUCCGAUUAAGCCCUCGUCUAUAAUUUGUAUGAGGCAGCUUGAGGGCCACAAGAUCGUUAUGAUCACUGGUGACAACGUUCUUACUGCAUGUCACGUUGCUGAUACCGUUGAGAUCGGUGACCGUCGUAUUGAUAAGUAUCAUUCAUCAAUCGCUGUUAACAGUGACUUUGCAAUUCUCGUGGCAGAUGGCAAGCGAUUUACAUGGCGCUUACGUAAUGGCGAGCCUAUAUCCAAGGGUGGCAUCGAUUUCAUCAGUGAGAUGCACCAAUUGAAGUCCUCCAUGCGUUUAUGCAUUACGGGUCCUACUAUUGACGCCUUGAUUACAUUUGAACGUGAAACUGGUCGUAAGGCACUGGUGCACGUUGUGCUUAAUGCUACUGUAUUUGCCCGUGUAUCCCCGCAGCAGAAGGAGUUUAUCAUCCGUACGUUUAAGCGCGCUGGUAUGAAAACAUCUAUGUGUGGUGAUGGUACUAAUGACAUGGCUGCCCUUAAGGCAUCCCAUGUUGGCAUAUCGCUUCUUAAGAGUGCGUUUACUAAGAAUUCUGGCUCCAAUGUGGGAAAACUUUCGGAUUUGAUAAAUCGUCAUAAGAACGUCCGUCAUCGUGCGAUGCUUGAGGAGUUGAAGCGUGAUUUGGAGGACGAAAUACCAGAAUUGAAACUUGGUGAGGCUAGCAUAGCCUCACCCUUUACCUAUCGCAAGAGUGACGUUUACUGCGUACCAUUACUGGUUCGCAGUGGCCGUUGCGCGCUUACUAAUGUGGUUGUGAUGUACAAGAUCAUUGGUAUCAAUUCUCUGAUAACAUCGUUGAGCAUGUCUGUAUUGGCUGUUGAUGGUGUUAAUUUCAGUGAUGCUCAGACAACAGCCUAUUCACUUCUUUACACCGCCAUGUUAAUGGCAUUAUCCAGGUCAAAACCAUCACAGGUUCACAGUACUAAGCGUCCUGAGGAGUCCAUAUUUAAACCCAGUAACUUUACCAGUUUCGCUUUACAGUGUUGUUUACACGUGGGUGUGAUAAUGCGCCUAUGGUCUCUUGGUAUGAUUGGGAGACCUCCUGGGUACGUUGCUGAUCUCGAUACACCAUUUGAGGCCAAUUUGGUAAACACACUUGUUUUUUAUGGCUGCUUCGUGGUCAACAUAUCGGGUUUUUUGGCCAAUUACCAGGGUUAUCCCUAUAUGGAAUCUCUUAUGGAUAACAAGUUUGUUUACCGUCCAUUGGCUGCUGCUACUUUUUUCAUUUUAUUGCUUGUUUGUGACUUGAUCAGUCCACUGGCUAACUUCUUCUCUUUGGUUGAGAUACCAGGUCACAUGAUUCGUCUUCAUGUCAUUGCUAUUUUGCUUUUGGACAUGGUAGGUUCAUUUUUCAUUGAGCAUGGUUGUCGCCGACUAUUGUCCCCUUAAGUGGAUAUCACUUUAGAGUCCAUGUGACUCGGAUAUGUUAUAAUCCUUAGUACUAUAUAU